AUGAUUCGGAAAAUUUGUCAGGAUAACUUUUCACGCUUUUGUUGUGGCAAACGGACCACAAACUCAUCGACGAACAACACCAACAAUGGUCGUCGUCAUCUUUAUUGCAUGCGCUUUGCCACAUUGCGAACUGUGCCUCCGGAUAAUGAUUCAAUAAAUGCAACCUCAAGUUAUUGUACAUCGGAAUGUUGCAGCUGCAGUAGUUGUAGCGGUGGCCCCGGAGGUGUUGGUGUUAGUGUCGGCGUUUGUAUUGCUGCCAGCCCGGGAAACACUACCAUUGGACCCUUGGGCUCAGUCACAAGUAAUGUUGGCAAUUUGCCCUCAACAUCAUCGUCUUCAGUGGCCUCAUCAUCAGCCACAUACUCGUCGUAUCGCUAUCAAAUGCAUCAGCAGCAACACUACCACCCCCUUCAUCAUCAGUAUCAGCAUCAUCCGUACAAUGGCAUACGGGGUAAUUACAUUCAACAAGUAAACCAUUCUGAGGUUUAUUGCAAAGCGGGUGAUAUCGUUGGAGGGGGUGGUGGUGCUGGCGGAAGCGGUGUUAAAAAGUUUUUCAGCAGCAGUAAACGUAAUUUAAGAUCUUCCGAUUCGGUAUUACGAAGAAAUAACAUGGCCAAAAAUCUCGAAAGUAAAAAGCGUGUCGUUAAAAUGUUAUCUGUAUUGGUAUUGGAGUUCUUCAUAUGCUGGACCCCGUUAUAUGUCAUCAACACUGUGGCCAUGUAUAUUGGUGCGGCCAUUUACGAAUACAUUGAUUACAAAUCGAUAAGUGCAUUACAGUUGCUUGCCUACUCAUCGAGUUGCUGUAAUCCGAUCACCUACUGUUUCAUGAAUGCCAAUUUUCGACGAGCCUUUCUCGAUACAUUCAAGGGAAUGCAGUGGUGUGGCAUCGUUGGUGGUGGUGCGGGUAGCGGUGGCGGAGGUGGUAAAAGAUUUCGACGUAAGCGUUCCCAACCACAAAAUGGGAAUUUAUGCUUGACUGGUAAUUCUAGUAUCCGGGUAAAUAGUUGUACCGUUCAAACAGUGAUAGAUAGUCCACGGCUGUAG